AUGGAACAGAUUAACGCUGCCCUGGCCCACAACGGCCCUCUGGAACAGCAACUUCUCUCGAGCCUCGCAAGGAGGUCGUUGCGAGAUCAUUUGCAACGAGAUGACCAUCCAAUCGCUGUCGCCGACCUCCAGCUACUGUGGAAAACAUUGUCAGGCAGUGUUGUUACCCCAAACACGUCAGACUCUUAUUUAGCCGCGGCUUGUAACAGCGUUUCUGUUUUCCUUCUGACUGCAUCUAAGGCUCCUCAAGAAGCUGUCAGGAGCUUUGUGGAGUCUUCAUCGGUCUGGAAUGAAGGUUACCACUGUGUGAAGUAUGCUUUUAGCUGUGGGAAAACGAAGCCGCCCCUUCAGGUGCUCGAAUCUCUUGCUCAUCUGCUUAAAGAGCAUUCUGACCAGCCAACAGCCUCGAAACUGCUUUUCGAUAGCGCCAGCUCCAUGGUAAGCACAGUAUUAACGGACGAGCCGGAGGGAUGUCUGAAAGCAUCAUGCAUCUCUCUGUCAUGCUUCUGCAAAAAGACAACACUGCUGUCGGAAUUGAACUCGGUCAUCACAGCUUCUCUAGAGAAGAAUACCGCUGUUUGGAAGCAGCGGCAGUUCUUAUACAACGCCCCAGCCAGCCCGACCGAUGGCUAUACCAGUCUACAAACGCUGUUCCUGGCGCUCCUCUUCGCCAUCACCAGUCUCGAAACCAGGAGUGCCGCUCUGAAACUCUUCGCCCAGCUUUGCUCCAAUGACGGUGCAAGUGAGCAGGCAGCACAGGUACUUGAGCACUACAUCCGUUACAACCAAGGCUCAUUGAGUGACUUUGCGGAUAACGUCUUACCCGUUAUCUUGGAUAGCGCGACUCAAUUCAGGACCUUUCUCGACCUCUAUUCUCCAGAUAAGCUUCAAUCAGAGUCUCGCCUUAUACUGUAUCUGGCUGUGUUGAAGGUCGGACGCUUGAAGAGCUUCGUCUCCGAGGAUGAUCUGCCGUCAAUUUUGAACCACGGCCUCAAACACCACGUAGUAGCGUUCGACGUCGAUGAUGAUUCUUACCGGUGUUUCCGCGUACUCCUUCAAGCUGGAAACGGUGGGAUUCGCCUCCGAGCCUACGAUCUCAUCACUGCGUCCUUCGCUACAAAGGCUACAAUUCCUGCCGGUGUCUUGCGUUGUCUGAAUGACUGUCUACGUUAUCUACACGAUGAUAACGACGCAUAUGAACGAGGUGAGCUACUUGGCAUCACUCGUCGCUUUUUGAAGAGACUUGAUACCAGCUAUACGAGUUUCGGCAAGCUGCAUUCGUCAAGCAAACUGAGUGACAGCGAGGUUGUCAGGAUGGGAGAAUACGAGGCUUUCCUCACACAACUGAGCAGAUUCUUGUCGAAUGAGCUGGAGACUGGAGUAUCUUAUCAACGACAUGUCCUUGCUUUGCAGACCUUCCAGCUCCUUCUCAGAGUCUCCUACAGGGCUUGGACGACCAAUCAGCUGCUGCACUCACGUAUCGAAGCAUUGAUUCUGGAUGCAUACGAUGAUGUGAGAGCACUGUCAGCCAGCCUUCUGUCGUCCAUUUAUCGCGGGAACACAACAUCGGCAGAGCUCCUGGAUCUCAGCCUUGUCACGAAAGUUGUUUCUCUCGCAGCUGACUCUUGCCGCCAAGAUCAUGCCGAUGCCGCCGGCCGUAUGCUUGCAGUGGCGAGGUCCGUCAAGCCGGCUAACCAGAACCACAGCGCUCAUGCGGCUGCUGCAUCAAGUUCCAACUCCAUGGCGUUGCUGACCAAACUCGAGAAUCAUCUGAACACUUCUCAAGAGCUACGUUCCGACUCUCUGUUUCCAUUGCAUGCAUACAUCUUAGGUUUGGUCCACAUUCAUGGUGUUUUCGCGAUCGAAGAAAGCGAGAUCUCCAGGGUGCUACACAUCUGCACGCAGAUCUGGUUACUCACCCAGCCGCAAUUAUGCAUCGACUCUCCGGAGACGGGCACGGAAGACAUGGAGGAUGAAGUUAUAAGAGGCCCCAAAGAUCUGCUGGCCUACACUUGGAGAGCACUACGAGACUCGAGCCUCCUGUUGCAGACCCUCAUGAAAUGGGAUCAGAUUCAUUUUGAAGAAAUCGGUGCACUGUGCCUGGAGCAACUGACGCGGCUGCGUCAUCGAGGCGCCUUCUCUACAGUUGCGCAGACCUUUGCACUGUGUUGUGAGAAAGCAAGAUCACAUCCGGACGAAAACAUUCGACGCCUUAUUUCGAAAUGGUACGAGAACGCCCUUGCAGAAAUUGACGUCCAGGCCAGAAAAGUGACGCGGCGCUCUGCUGGCCUCCCUGCAAUGUUCAACGCUAUUCUCUCUCCCGACGAUGCAAGAUUUUUCGCAACUGCUAUGUCUGCCCUAAAACAGAAAGCUAGCUUGGCAGUAUCCGAAGAAGAAUCCGCACGAGCAGAGCAGUCACUUCCCCAAGUGCACGCUCUCAACUGUCUCAAAGACAUCAUAAAUCAUUCCAAGUUCCGGAGCAUUACAGAGCCAUACUCCAGCGAAAUGAUCGAGCUUGCGGCGGACAAGUUAUCCUCUGACCUCUGGGCCAUCCGGAACUGUGGCUUGAUGCUUUUGCGAGCAUGCAUGACGAGACUAAAUCACAAAACGAUAGAUACAAGUCCAAUAUCUCAUGAUCCCGGAUCCCGAAGUUCGCCCACCAAAAGCCCCAUUGAUGUGGCGAUACAGCUCCUCGAGGAUCUAAGAGGCGACGUGUUCACCACCGAACACUCUUCCAGGGGCUCGGAGAAGACUUUCGCUGCACUCGAUCUGGUGAGACAUGUCGGCUCAUCGAGAGAACAUGACAGAUCGAUACGAGACUUGAUCCGACCUCAUCUUGGCAGUUCGAUCUGGGCCAUCCGAGAUCACGCCGCCAGAGUGCUGGCUGUGCGUGUAGCUCCAGGUGAUGAGUGGUCAGCAAUCGCCAUCGAGUACGCCAUGACGCCAUCAUUGACGGAGAACGAGCUGCACGGGCGGUUGCUAUUCCUUCGCUACUCUCUCGAUAUCGUAUUGCAGCAGGUUUGUUCGUCUGAUCUCAAGCGCAUUGUUCGUUCCACAAGGCUUGUGCUGGAACAAAUUGCACAGCGACGUCAAUUUAGGAACGUUUCGCCAUUCUCCGAAGCGGCCAUGUUGGACAUUGUCAAUAUUGUUCUCAGAUCUUAUCUCGUUCGAGGCAGCAGCGAUGAGAUGAAAUCGAUGGCUCUCGCACUGCUCGAGCCGAAUCUCGAGGUUUGUUGCCCGACAUCGUUCUAUCGUCAACGUCGCAUGGUUCUGUUAUUGAAUUGUUUCCUUUUGAAUGGACAGGGACAAGACAGUCUCCUGGACGACGUCUGCUGCAUUGCCUCGGCCGAUCUGGAUGAUGCGUGGUGCUUGGCAGAAUAUCUCGAACAUCUCGUUUCAACCCUUCAUGAGAAUUCCAGAAAUCCAGCACUAGCAGAAGCCCUAGUCCAUAUUAUCUCUGACUUACCAAUAAGCGCCUCCCUUGGGCUCCUGAUGACGAUAGUUGCUACAUGUUUAGAAGUGUCAAAGAUUGAGCUGGCCCCCAAAGCUGCUCGAGCCUUGCUACAACGAUGUACCAGUAUCACAGACUCACAGAGUCGGCAGUUCUUGAACGCGGUCAUUCGUCUGCAAGCAGCUCUAUUCAGCAUCCUAGAUCUCGAUGACAGCGAGCCAAUGUCCACGCCACUCUUGCGGACUUUGGUAAACAAUCUAUCCGUUGCAGCUCAUGAUGAGCUCGAAUUUCCCACCCGACUGAACGCUGCUCAUGCAGUCUCAAGCUGCAUAGAGCUUGUGCUGGGGAGGCGACAUCGUCCACAAUCUUGCGCAGAUCCGGAGAUUCCCCUGCAUCUAUUGAUGAUUUUGUACGACGAGCUGAACGAUGACGAUGAAGAGAUCCGGGAAGUGGCUCAGAGCACCGCACUCAAAGCCUUCGCUAUUCUUCGAGGCGGAGACAGCUCCGCCAUCAGGCUCUGCGCGCUAUCCGCACGCCAAUUGCUCCUUCGACUGCUGCCUCAAUCGUACGGCAAUAAUCCAGCAUUCCUGUCAUUGGCAAUGAGCAGGGUGGUGGGCGUUCCCGCCGUGGAAGUUCAUCACGGGUCAAACUUGUUCAACCGGUCACUCGGCGAUAGGGUUGGCCGUGUACUCACAGGAAUGAACAAUCUCUUCGCAGAAGAAAGACAGAAUCUGUACGUCGACGAGCUGCAAGAGAUCGCAGACUGGAGCUGUACACUGCAAGAGUGCAACGACAAGGCGUUCUCGCCAAACCUCUGGUCAGAAGCCGCCAGAUGGUCGGUGACUGGAAUUGAGUACCUGAGGUCGACUCCCUCCAUCCGAAGUGGUGGUUCUGAAGGCUUGAAGACUGUAGGCCUCACCUUUAACAGUGACAUUCUGGAACUGUGCAUGAGAGUCAUCCACCUAAGCAAGGCACUGGUAUCCUUCAAUGUAAAGGCUGCAGAUCAGGCGAGUGCACAAGAAGUGAUGGCUCUGCGGGAAGCGCUUGUCUCCCAAUUGAGCGCCUGGCAAAGAACAUUGCACAAAACCCAUGCUCAUCCAUUGCUCGCGGCAACCAUCUGUAAUAAUGGGUAA